GCCUGAUGGAUCCCAGUACGAUUCUUCGCUGCAGUUGUGUCUGUAAGAAAAGUAUGUCUCGCCAGCUUCAUACGCACACGCACAAAAACAUAUAUUAUUCAUAUUCAUAUUCACAUAUAUAUUUCAUUUAAUUUCCAACGCUCUAUUCUAAAGCCUUUAUGAGCGAAGAAAGUCGAUCUACUCUUCCAUUUCUUAAAAUUGUAAUCACAUUUAUUAGGCAUGUUAUUUUAAUCUACGUUUGCUCCAAACCUGUUUGUAAUCCCAUUAACAUAAAGGUUUAACAUUAUAGCAGAGCUUCACUGACAGAUUGGCAUACCCAAAACAAAUACGUAACACAUUUUGUAAAAUGCCAUGCUGUAUUUGAGAAUAGCAUUCUCAGAGUAUACUUGUGAAGUGUGAGGAAUAUAAGUCAAUAAUCAAAACAUUGAUAUAUAUAUAAGCAAUGCCAUAUGUAUUUAUAUAAAAUGUUCUACAUAUAUUGUGCAUUAUUUCGGUAUAUUCUCAUCUACAGUACGUACGUUAACAUUUAUCUCAUACUACCGUUUUAAGGUUAUAAACUGUUUUUCCGAUUGUUAUUUUUUCUAACGACUUUAACUCAAUAUUAAACUACUUGUUGUUGGUGGCUAAAACGAAUAUGAAUUGACACGUGGGUGAGUGUUCCAGAGGCACUUCAUUCGUGUAUUAUUCCGCAGUUUUUUUCCAGACAGCCUCCCACAGUUUAUGAGCCUCUCGCGAGGUACAUGCGAAGUGCCCCUUCACUAAUGGCGGCGCUGUCUCACCACAGUGAGGUCGGCCUCGAGAAUUUCUGGCUGGGAAUGGUUUGCUCCAAAGGGCUAUCUAUAGGCAUAAGGGUGAUUUCAAUGGUGCAUAUGAAACAAAGUCGUUUUGUUGAGCCAUUUUUCACUGCUUUACGUAAAAAUGCAUCAUCGGGUUUGUUUUGAUCCUGCGGGGCUGCGCCGCCAGCAGCCAAUCAAAUGCCAGAUGAGUCAUGUGACACGCCCCGCUCUGCCCCGCCUCGUCUGAAUGUAAACUCCGCGCGACCGUCUGUUUCGAUUCAUUCAGAGGCUGCCGUCGUCGCGACUGCUGGUUCGAGACCUGCCCCUGUCCAAUAAAGAAACCUUGAAUAUCGAUAAGAAUCUUUCCAACUUGAGCACAGUUCUCUUGAGCCACCUCCCAAAGUUCGAGUCCUCGAAGCCGAAACGAAGCUCAACAUGAAAACCAAAUUCAUCAACGGCGUGUCGUCGUCGCCGUCUCUGUCGCUGGGUUUGCUUGUGACGGAAAACGCCCUGCACGUGCAGCCUGAGGUCCCAGACGACUGCAAGGAGCCGGUCCGGACCGAGCUGGUGGAGCCGGAGACCCGCAGGAAGGCGUUCCUGUGGUGCCGAGAGUUCCUGCACGGCUGCUGGAAGAGCCUGGCCGAGGAGGACUUCCACAUCACCGUCAUCAGGGGUGGUCUGAGCAACAAGCUCUUCCUGUGCAGCCUCCCCGACGGCCUGGACACGGCCGGGGACGAGCCGCGGAGCGUGUUGCUGCGUCUCUACGGUGCCAUCCUGCAGAUGUCCUGCAACAAAGGAGAGUCACAACAGUCAAACAAAGAGAACCACUUCCAGGGGACAGAGGCCAUGAUCCUGGAGAGUGUGAUGUUUGCCAUCUUGGCUGAGAGAGAGUUGGGACCGAAACUCUAUGGAAUUUUCCCACAGGGCCGUCUGGAACAGUACGUGCCGAGCCGUAAACUGGACACCUGUGAGCUGGCCGAGCCCAGCAUCUCCGCUGAGGUGGCAGAGAAGAUGGCCAGGUUUCACGGCAUGAGGAUGCCUUUCAACAAGGAGCCCAAAUGGCUGUUUGGGACCAUGGAGAAGUACCUGAGUCAAGUCAUGAGGCUCAACUUCACCCGAGAGCCACAGCUGCGCCGCUUCAACCGGCUGCUGAGCUACAACCUGGCCCAAGAGAUGGAUGUCCUGAAGUGUCUUUUGGACUCCACCCCCUCACCUGUGGUGUUCUGCCACAACGACUGCCAGGAAGGAAACGUCUUGCUUCUGAAGGGACGUCAGAGCUCAGACAAGCAGAAGCUGAUGCUCAUCGACUUUGAGUACAGCAGCUACAACUACAGGGGCUUCGACAUCGGCAACCACUUCUGCGAGUGGAUGUACGACUACAACUGUGACGAGUUCCCCUACUUCAAGGUCAACCCCAGAGGGUAUCCUACCAAAGCUCAGCAGCUCCACUUCAUCGAACACUACCUGCGUGAGUUCGACCAGGGCUUUGACAACCUGUGCAAGGAGGACCAGACCAGGCUGAAGGAGCAGCUGUACGUGGAGGUCAACAGGUUCUCUCUGGCGUCCCACUUCUUCUGGGGGCUGUGGUCCAUCAUCCAGGCCCGACUGUCCACCAUCAAGUUUGGAUAUCUGGAGUACGCCUUGUCCCGAUUCGACGCCUACUUCCAGCAGAAGAAGACGUGGGCCGUCUAGACGUGGCGAGGCGACGGGAGCCCAGGAGGUCACACAGCUCAUACAAAAAACUGCGCUUUACUUACACUCGCUGCCUCUGCUGGCUGCGGCAGUGGGCGUCGACCACCGGCCGACCGUGACCGCGGGGCUUUCAGCGCACGCCAAACGCGCAGCUAGAAACAAACUAACAUUCAUCAGGCUGCUUCUGCCUCGUCGGCGCGGGGCGGGGAAUGUGGGGGCGCAGAACAUCGCAUCACUGUAUUGAUCAUUCCUGGACGGCCGUGUUCCGAGGGUCACGUGAGCUGCGUCCUGCUCGCGUGAGCGGCAGGCUGCGUCCAGGCGCUCUGUGCGGCUGACGACUGGACUGACAGGUCAAAACAUUACGACCGGCUUUUCCUCUUUUUGUUUUCAUACUUGUUUUGUUCGUCCAUUUGAGAAGCACUUACAGUGACUGUGAAUGUGUGGUGAGGGUUUUUAGUCUAGUUUACAUGCUAUUUUGGACUCUUCUCAUGCGACUUGCUUUAUAUGAAUGUUCCCUCCCUGUCGGCCGGAAGCGGCUUCUGUGAGAUUUACUGUGAGUCGAGCUGAAGCGCACGUCUGCGCGGCUUUGGCACUGCUGAGUCGUGCGUGUUUUAAGGUGUCACGGUGAGCCCAGUUUUAUCCAGACAGUUCCGACCACAGCUGGGAGCCGAUUGAGAGCCCAAGGUUUGAGUUACUUUGUUGAUUUUUUAGAAUAUUUUCUCAUCCUAGUUUCAGCUUUGCUGUUUUCAUUCAGCCGUGCUGCACUGAUAUCUUUGAGUUGGUCACAUGAUGCAGCUGCAACAAGCCAGGCCGAUAGGAAUGGAUCUGAUCUGUUCUCCUCCUCUGGAACUCUCAAGUAGCUUGUGGCUAAUCUGUAGCUGAUUCCUGGUGUGUUACGCUGACAAUAGUCAUUAGUCUGUUCACAGUAACCAAGUCACUGACUCGCUCGCUGCGUCAUCACCGCUCUGUCGUUGUUACUGAUUCACUUAAGCUCCACAGCAAAUGUCAGUUUUUAUUUACCCUGCAGUGGCAGUGUUCUCCUCUGGACUGACUCACUUGAGAGGGACUCGGAACUCUUCAGUUCUACCUCACGACUGUGUAUUUACUGUGACCGAUGUGGUGAGCUUCACCUCCGUUCAGCUUGGGUUUGUCGGGAAAGUCCUGGUCUCGUCGCUCGUGUCUUCGGCCGUUUACGUGAGAUGUGUUUGCUGCAUGUUCCCAACUCCUUCAUGACCACGGACGCCCGGGUCGGAACGAACAAUGGUGAUCCAGACCGUCUUGACGGACGACCAAAGUCUUGGGCUGAGGACCGUGAGAGCAAAUUGGGAUUCGUUGGGAAGGAUUCCGACCUUCCGUGGGCUGUUUUUGGAAUCUCUUUGAGGCCAGUGGAAGUUUGAAUGUCCGGUGGUUUGAGCCCCAAAAUGAACCAUCUUUGUGCUUCAUGACUGUAUCUGCCAGCUCUUCAAGUCUCAGGUGUCUGAGGCGUCGACAUCGGUAACCUCAUCGACGAAUUCUGGAGUCGACUCCUCUUCUCUCUGGCCUAACUAUUGGAGCCUUGGAGCUGAAGAGGCUUUAACGUUAGCCGAUCCUGAUGGACGAGACCCUGUGAUCACGAGGGCUCGCGCUGAGCUGAACUGAUAUCACCAGAGAGCAAGGAGCCGCGACUGACUUUUUAAAGCCGAUAAAUAGGUUCAUGUAUUCAUAACGACACUACCUUUGAUGUGAACUGCACAGAGGCUCCUGAUUUAAGGACAGAAUUCCGUGUGAAAGAGGGGUAGAUUUAGACCAAAGUGACGACAAAGAUCAGGGAGUCCGCUUCUUCCAAACCAGAGUGUUUCCUCGUGAGGUCCAGUUGAGGCACUGAGAGCAGCUCCAGCCGGCAUCAUGUUCACUCGCCACUUCAUUUAGAGUUACGGAAGCUGAGGACGGCACUUCGGAUGGUCUGGUUUUCCACUGUUUGAUUUGAUGUGUUGGAUAUUUGGUGAGCGGCAGGAGGAGAGGGAAGCGCCAGGCGAUGCCACAUGUUUUUCUUACUAAAUGUUGAGUGUUCUUGCGACUGUUGAAGUGCACUUUAGUCCGGCUAACAAGAGCAGCUGCUGGAGCUCGGCGUGAGGCAACACACCGACAUGGAAGUGCAUUCACACCUCCACUGUGUUGACUCUGCAGCUGCGGUGUAAUCUGCUCAUAAACACAUUCUUUGUCACGGUUUUCGGAUUAACCCAGCGUUGCUGUACAUUCCUGCUGUUGCACAAAUAAACUUGGGAAACUGAA